AUGGGAGAAAGGAAGGUGUUGAACAAGUACUACCCGUCGGACUUCGAUCCAGCAAAGAUUCUGAGGCGGAGGCAGCCAAAGAACCAGCAAAUGAAAGUGCAGAUGAUGCUUCCCAUGAGCAUUCACUGUGGCACCUGCAGCAAUUACAUCUACAAAGGUACCAAGUUCAACUCCCACAAGGAAGACAUCAUCUGCGAGACAUACUUGGGGAUCCAAAUAUUCAGGUUUUAUUUCAAAUGCACUAAGUGCUCUGCUGAGUUAACAAUAAAGACCGACCCGCAAAAUUCAGACUAUGUUGUUGAGUUGGGUGCAUCACGGAAUUUCGAACUUUGGCAUGCAAAGGAUGAGGAAGCAGAUAAGGAAAAACAAAAAAGGGAAACUGAAGAGAUGGGAGAUGUAAUGAAAUCCUUGGAGAAUAGAACCUUGGAUUCAAAAAGAGAGAUGGACAUCCUUGUUGCCCUGGAUGAAGUGAAGUCCAUCAGCUCAAGACAAGCAACUAUCAGUGUAGAUGCAAUGCUGGAGAUCUUGCAAUGCUUAGUUGAGGAAAAGGAAAAGAAGUUGGAAGAAGAGGACAGAGCACUCAUAAAAUCAUUAUUUGGAGUACCAAGAGAGGUCGUUCGCAGGACCGAUGAUGAUGUUCUUGAUGAUGAUGAAGAUUUAUCUCAGAUUUCAACUGACAACGCAGAAACAUCAAACAAUAAUUCAAAAGGGAGAAAGGUUUUUGAAGAACUUCCCACUAAAAGGUUUCUGAAGAACUUCCCACUAAUAGGUUUCUGA